AUGGGAUUAGUGACAAGAGCAGAUGGCAAACCAGUGGAACAUAACUUGCCAACUCAUCUUGUUCGACCCGCAUUAUUCCGAAUCAAAGAGCUUCUAUCUUCUCCAGUAGUCAAAAUUAUCGACUUUGGAGAGGCAUUUUUUAACAGCGAUGCGCCGAGCACGCUUCAUACGCCCUUGUCUGUGCGAGCACCAGAGGUCGUGUUUGGAGACUCACUAGAUCAUCGAGUAGAUCUCUGGAGUGCUGGCUGCCUGAUCUUUGAACUCAUAACCGGGCAACCUCCAUUUGAUUCCAUGAUGACAACUCCCCCAAAUCUCGUCUCACAAAUGAUAGGCAUUACUAGUGAUGAACUCCCAUUAAGGUGGCAGGCCAAAUGGAAAGAAAUGAAUAAUGGCAAAAUCACUCAACCAGAGGUGUACUCCACACUUAAAAAAUGGAUGCAGGAGGUUUACUUCGACGAUGACCGAGAGGCGGAGUUUACCAAGGAAGACAUUUUACGGGCCGCCGAGUUGAUUGAUCGUAUGUUGAAGAUGGAGCCUUCCCUUCGAGCUAUACCAAGUGAAAUUCUUUCCGAUACUUGGUUUAACUGA